AAAAAAAAAAACAACUUCAGCUUUUGGACUCCGUGGGGAGUGGGUCUCCUUGCCGGAAUUGGUCGGGUCGCUCGCUUUCCGAGGAGUAGAGGGGAACCGCGGCGAAGAAACGCCGGUCGGGCUUUUUGGCAGCCCGCAGCCACACCCUGCCGGCUGGCGGCCGUCCAACCGGGCUGGCUACACCUGGCGCGGAAGGAGGCCCGGCGAGCCGUGGGCAGGACGCGGCAUUUAAGACGCGCUCGGCUGCAGCGCGCUGUUUCCGAGUGCUCAGCCCGGUCGGUGCACGAUGCUCCUCGCUCGCUGCCUGGGGACGGCGCUCCUGCUUUUGCUGGCCCCGACGACGGGAUGCGGGGCGGCCGUGGCGGCGGCUGCUGCUGCUGCUGCGUCGGAGCCCGACGGCGACAUAGAGGCCGCUUGCCCUCCUCCUCCUUCUUCUUCUUCUCCGGCCGGUUGCGAUUCCCGUGAGAGCGACCGUAAAGCGACUUGCGACGACGAGAAAGCCUGUGGAGUCCGGGAGGAGGGCGAAUCCUGUGGCGUCUACACGUCCAGCUGCGGGCCCGGGCUGCGCUGCGUCCCUCGGCCAGGCGAGCGCACGCCUUUGCAAGCCCUGCUGCGCGGGAAGGGCGUCUGCUUGGCCCCGCAACCCAAGAAAGGCGGCGGCAAGAACCAGACGGAGAUGGAGCCCGUUGCAGGUGAUGUCAGAAGGGAAAAUUACCAGACAGAUAAUCCAACCCCAGAACCUCUCCUCCUUCAGGUCCAAGACCCUUUGCCAGAUGUGGUGGACAAAUCCCAGAUACAACAGGACCCCCUAAAUAAUGGUAUUAAACAGGAAUUGGAUAUGGGUCCCUGCCGCCUGCAUUUGGAAGCCAUCUUGCAGGAGCUGAAAGCCCCCCUCUACAUGAAUGGUGAAGAUAUCUUCAUUCCCAACUGUGACACCAAAGGCUUUUAUAGGCGGAAGCAGUGCCGGACCUCCAAAGGUCAGAAGAGAGGCCGCUGCUGGUGUGUGGAUAAGAGAGGCCAUCGGUUGGAGGGGCUGGAAGAGAGCCCCCUCUGCCUGCUUGCUAACAAUGACUGAGGAUGCAGAGGCCACAGUGGUCCAACAGAAUUCUUGACUGAGGGGACUCGUCUUAUCAGAACAGUCAUGGAAAAUGUUUGCUUGUAAUUUAUUGCACAGUUGUUGCCUUGUUGGGAUCCUGCCUUCCUUGGGAUAACUUUGGAGCUCUUACGGUGUCUGAUAAUACUCUACAAGACUGCUCAGACUGGGGUCUUGUAACUGCAUGACCGAAGAGGGGUGUUGAAUAAGCUACCAGUAGUUGCGUUACAGCAAUAAUGCUGGCACUUGAAUCAAUUCUCUUAUACCAGUAAAAAUGCUUAUACCAGCAAAGGAACAAGAAUAGCCAGUUCCUGGAGGUGCAGUAUGUAUACUUGGGCUACCUUCUAUAAAAUAUGUAGGGAGAUCAGGAUUUAUCUUAUACAUGCUACCAAAGUAGAUGUUUUUUAUUGAAGGGGUUUUAACAACACGAUUGUAGUACUCAUUAAGGGUGACGGAGGAGGAAGUAAAAUGUGGCCAAGUUUUUAAUGGCCAACAUCUACAA